CCGAGCGAAGGACAGAGGCUAACGUUCAGAGAGGAAGCGGGGCCAGUUCGAUCCUUUACGGCUGAUUCUGUGGCUGUUUCUGCGCCUCGGGCCGGCCGCCCCCUCGAGUACCGUAAUUACAGCCCCCGCAUCCGCACCCCACGUCGCACUUCUUGGCCUCAGGCCCCAGCCCUGAGAUUUUCCUGCAGAGCAGUAGAAAGUCCCGGAGGCAGCCUGCACUCCCGGCGAGAAGCAUCCAAGUGCGGCCAGGUGUGCCAGCUCAACCCCAUCCAGAUGUUACCUUCCGGUGAGACCCUCACGCCCUCUCCCCGGAGCUUUGGGAGAGUCAAAGCUGUGACCUCCGUUUUGAACAGGGGAUCUGAAAUCUCACCCCAGCCCUGGUUCUUUGGCAUCAGCCCUCUGCUUUCCAUAAAAUAUUGUUGAGCGACAGAGGGAUGGAUGAUAAGGCUGAAUGGAUGAAUAAAUGAGCGAUCGAAAACUGAAGGCACCGCCCCCCCCCCGGCGCGCCUCGGGCGGCCCCUGCAAACCGCACCCUCCUUGCGCGCCAGGAACCCGCUGCGGAACCCAAAGGCGGCGGCAGCGGUUUCCCUUCAAAGAGCAGCGGAAUCUUGAGCGAGCACACAGGAAAGGCAGCUUGCGCGCGGGACCCGCCUUGCAAAUCCCUGAGAGAAGAUGACUGUGUUCUUUAAAACACUUCGAAAUCAUUGGAAGAAAACUACAGCUGGGAUCUGCCUGCUGACAUGGGGAGGCCACUGGCUCUAUGGAAAACACUGUGAUAACCUACUAAGGAGAGCAGCCUGUCAAGAAGCUCAGGUGUUUGGCAAUCAACUUAUUCCUCCCAAUGCACAAGUGAAGAAGGCAACCGUCUUUCUCAAUCCUGCCGCUUGCAAAGGCAAAGCCAGGACUCUAUUUGAAAAAAAUGCUGCCCCGAUUUUACACUUAUCUGGCAUGGAUGUGACUGUCGUUAAGACAGAUUAUGAGGGCCAAGCCAAGAAGCUCCUGGAACUGCUGGAAAGCACAGAUGUGAUCGUUGUUGCUGGAGGAGAUGGGACUUUGCAGGAGGUUAUAACUGGAGUUCUUCGAAGAGCAGAUGAGGCUACCUUCAGUAAGAUUCCCAUUGGAUUUAUCCCACUGGGCCAGACCAGUAGUUUGAGUCAGACACUCUUUGCCGAAAGUGGAAACAAAGUCCAACAUAUUACAGAUGCUACACUUGCCAUUGUGAAAGGAGAGACAGUUCCACUUGAUGUCUUGCAGAUCAAGGGUGAAAAGGAACAGCCAGUGUUUGCACUGACCGGCCUUCGAUGGGGAUCCUUCCGAGAUGCUGGCGUCUCAGUUAGCAAGUACUGGUAUCUUGGGCCUCUAAAAACCAAAGUAGCCCACUUUUUCAGCACUCUUAAGGAGUGGCCUCAGACUCAUCAAGCCUCUCUCUCAUACACGGGACCUACAGAGCGACCUCCCGGUGCAGCAGAAGAGACCCCUCCACGGCCCUCUUUGUACAGGAGGAUAUUACGAAGGCUCGCAUCCUACUGGGUCCAGCCGCAGGACGCCCCCCAAGAGGUGAGCCCAGAGGUCUGGAAGGAAGUGCAGCUGUCCACCCUUGAACUGUCCAUCACGACCCGGAACAGUCAGCUUGACCUGGCAAGCAAAGAAGACUUUAUGAACAUCUGCAUGGAACCCAACACGGUCAGCAAAGGAGACUUCAUAAGUAUAGGAAGUAAAAAGGUGAGAGACCCCAAGGUGCGUGCUGACGGCACCGAGUGUCUUCAGGCCAGCCGCUGCACUUUGCUUCUUCCUGAGGGAGCAGGGGGCUCCUUCAGCAUCGACAGCGAGGAGUACGAGGCGAUGCCCGUGGAGGUGAAACUGCUCCCCGGGAAACUACGGUUCUUCUGUGACCCUCGGAAGAGGGAGCAGCUGCUGCAAAGCACGGCCCAGUGAGCGGGCUGCAAGUGGGCGCCCGAGACUGCACUUUAGGCUACCCUGGGACCAAAAGGGAACCAAGGCCUCCCCGUCCCUGCAGCGCUGUCAGAGGACCCCAAGGGCCUGUUCAUGGCAAGUACCCCCGACCCUCCUCUCUAGUGCUUCCCAGCUUUGCAGCCAGCUUCCCAGCAGCGCAUGCUUUCACUCUGCUGUGACAGUCCGUCCCUUCUAAAUACUGCUUUUCCUCAGGCUAGUUCCAGGAAAUCCCCACCCUCAAUGGAUGGAGAAGGGCUAGACCUUGUUAGCUCCCCUGAGUGGGAAGCAGGAUCCUGGGCUGAGUGGCUCUUCCUCUCCUGUUGGGCUCUAUGGCCGCCCUGGGAAGUCUAGGGAAGCGCCUGCCUUCUGCCGCCUCGUCCCGUUCCCCGGGCUCCUCCAUGGGUGCUGCUACUUUGUGAGCUCCAAUUCUUAGCGUCUUUCAGUUCUCUCCUUAAUCAAAAACAUACCUGAGGUGUUUCCCUCUUCAGCCAUGGCUGAAAUACUGUAAAAUACUCGUUUUUUCCCCUGAAGUAGUGCUUCUUAAAUGUUGGUUUGCAUGAGAACCACCUGGGGUGCAUGUUGAAAACUGACUUACUUGGGGCCCAACCCAAAUCUAGUAACUCAGUCUGGGGCUGGAGCCCAGGAAUCUGCAUUUUUAAAAAGGUGUCCACCUUCCCCAGGUGGUUCUACUACAAGAGGUGUCCCCCAAACUGAACAGGACCCAGUCUUGUAAAGCAGUGGUCCACACACUAUUCUGCUUAUGUACUUCCUAAAAGUAUUUUGAAACAUCAUGUAUCCCCUCAGUUUAAGCUGACAGCUAAAAUUUUUCAUGGGAAGUUAGUUGCCAAAGUAUAUACUUUCUGGUGUCAUGUAAAUAUUGAUAUUUUAAAAUAAAACUGUUACAUCACUGUCUUAAACAUAUUCAGUGUAAUUGAAAUACAUAACAAUUUAACACUCAUCCUCCAUUUACAAAAAUGAGUGAGUGUCAUUGAAAAUGUCAAUUAUCCUUGUAUGUGUAUCUCCAAACCACUUUCAGCAAAGAAUGCUAUCAUAAUGUAAUGUUUUUAUGCUUGAAAUUUUCUUUCCAUUGGACCUAUCUUCUUGCCAACAAAAAAUGUAAGUGGAAGUAACUUUUUUUUUAGUUCUUCAAGUGU